AUAUAUUUUCACCCGCGACAUCGUUUUCAAAGUAGCCCAAUUUGUACGAAAACUGCGAACAUACCAACACUGCCUGGAGCGCUUGAAGAAUAUGCGCAUGCGUAUUGCAAGGGAUCAAGGUAGGGGUGGUACUAUAAAGUAUAUGGGCGGAACGUGCAGAACGUUGCAGAUAGAAACGUAACAUCUAGAACAGUUACAGGCAACAAUGUUCCAAUAAUAAGCGCGAUACAUUUCUAUAUUCAGCGGUCUGAAUUUUGUGCACCACUGCUCCUCUUGGCUGACUACAUGUAUUUCAUAUUUACAACAAGGCCGACCAGAGCAGAGGAUAACCAUUGACGCUUGCGGAUUAUUUAUCUACUUUUCACAUUCUGGAGAAUUUAGAUUACAUCUGUGUGUUGAUAUCACUAGUUUGUGACUGAGUUGAGUUAAUUCAGCGGUUUAUAUUUCGCUCUACGGUUGAGACCCCGUCGUGUUGUUUUCAUCAAGAUCAAGAACACUGACUGCAUCAUCAUGUUGAAGUCAUUUUAACUGACGCGAAUGUAGAUUACAGCUGUCUGGCAUCUAUUCCAUCCACGCUCAGGCUGCCUCCGCGUUCUAUCAAUAGGGAUGCAUCUAUUGAUACUUAUUUCCAUUUGAUAGGUGUGUGUGUGUGUGAUGGUAGCGUUCGGUGUGUGAGGCCUGUGAGAGGAGACCCACUGCCUCCUCCACUUCAGGAUGUCUGAACCCCAGACACCAACAUGGCCACAGGGCACAGAGUGUGUGGCCAAAUACAACUUUAAGGGCACCACAGAGCAGGACCUGCCCUUCAACAAAGGAGAUGUCUUAACCAUAAUCGUGGUGACUAAGGACCCGAACUGGUACAAAGCCAAGAACACAGCAGGUCAAGAAGGCACCAUCCCAGCUAACUAUGUCCAGAAGAGGGAAGGGGUGAAGCAAGGGGGCAAGCUGAGUCUAAUGCCAUGGUUCCAUGGUAAGAUAACUAGGGAGCAGGCUGAGUGUCUCCUGAUCCCCCCAGAGAUGGGUCUGUACCUUGUGAGGGAGAGCACCAACUACCCUGGGGACUAUACUCUGUGUGUGAGUUGCGACGGCAAGGUGGAGCACUACCGCAUUGUCUACAAGGAGGGAAAGCUCAGCAUCGACGAGGAGGCGUUCUUCGAGAACCUUAUGCAGCUUGUUGAGCACUAUACCAAAGAUGCAGACGGUCUCUGCACCAAACUGAUCAAGCCGAAGCUGGAGGAGGGUACUGUGGCGGCCCAGGAUGAGUUCUCCAGGAGCGGCUGGGCUCUCAACAGGAAGGAAAUCAAUAUCCACCAGUCCAUUGGGAAAGGAGAGUUUGGAGAUGUGAAGGUGGGAGACUACAGAGGGACCAAAGUAGCGGUGAAGUGUAUCAAACACGAUGCUACAGCACAGGCCUUCAUCGCUGAAGCUUCAGUCAUGACACAACUGAGACACAAUAACCUGGUCCAGUUGCUAGGUGUCAUCGUUGAGGAGAAGGGAAGCCUGUUUAUCGUCACUGAGUACAUGGCCAAGGGCAGUCUAGUGGACUACCUACGCUCCAGAGGUCGGACAGUGCUGGGUGGGGAUUCCCUACUCAAGUUCUCAGUUGACGUGUGUGAGGCCAUGGAGUAUCUGGAGGCCAAUAACUUUGUCCACAGAGACCUGGCAGCCCGUAAUGUUCUGGUGUCAGAUGAUAACAUCGCCAAGGUCAGCGACUUCGGCCUGACCAAGGAGGCCUCCUCUAAUCAGGACACAGCCAAACUGCCCAUCAAGUGGACCUCACCAGAGGCCCUAAGGGAAAAGAAAUUCUCCACCAAGUCAGACGUGUGGAGCUAUGGGAUCUUGCUGUGGGAGAUCUACUCCUUUGGACGAGUGCCUUACCCCAGAAUUCCUCUAAAGGACGUGGUACCACGCGUGGAGAAGGGCUACAAGAUGGAUGCCCCAGACGGUUGUCCUGAGGUGGUGUAUGAAGUCAUGAAGCAGUGCUGGACCCUGGACCCCCUGGUGCGGCCAUGCUUUAGAGUCCUCAGGGAGAAACUGCAGCAUAUCCUAGCCAAGGAGCUCUACCUGUGAUGGAAUAGGAAGAGGAGGUGAAAGGGGAAGUGGACAAGGAUGGCUCUCCUUUCAUUGAGGGAGAAAUAGGACGGACAAGGAUUGCUCUUCUUUCAUGAUGGGACCAAAGCCUGACAUUAUCAAGACCUCGGAGAUCCUCCUUCCUCUCUUAUAAAAAAGUUUUUGAUUGACAUUAGAUUGUGCUAAAGUUUACUUGUUUUAUAAUUUCUCAUUCUGUUGAAAUGUUGUUGCCACAUGUUGGCAUUUCCACUUUUUUUUUUUUACACCCCCCACACACACACACACACACACACACACACACACACACACACACACACACACACACACACACACACACACACACACACACACACACACACACACACACCUCAGGGUUGCCUGUAUGUCUGUUCUACAGUACAUUAGUGGUUGUAUCGGUCUGGCCAACUACAGUGUGUACUCCAGUGUCAAACAAACCCACCCGGGACUGUUGUGAGGUACUAUACCCCUUUCACAAAAUCGUACCGACCAUAACCAUACUGUGCUGGCUCUGAUAUUUUCUUUUCACAUGGUCCUUUCUAGCACAGUUACAGGAAAGAUGACGGAUACGUAGCCUGGCCGGUGCAGUUCGGCUUGGCUCGGCUAGUGUGAAUCAACCCCAAGUCAGGCAAUACACUUCCCAUGUCCCUGCUCUCUACCCAUACAGUGUAAGAUUGUUACCCCAGUUAAAUACGAUCUGUGCCAAAUGCCUCCAGAACACAGGGCUAUCCCCACAGAUACUUCACUCCUCCUCUACACGCUUGCCUUUUUUCUUUUAUGUUUUAUGCAUUUUUUUUAGUUUUGUUACACAUCCUCUUCUCUUAUUGCCACAAGUGUUCAUCUCACAUUUAUCAAACUGGAAAGCAGAAUAAAUCCUCCACUAAAAAAUGACUCAAUUCAACAUUUUAGGACGACGUGUAACAUGACGGAGAGAUUGAGAUUGCAUGGAUACAGAGGGAAAAGAAGAAGCCAUUCUGGAGAGAUAAACUAAGCAAGUGAACAGAUAUAACUUUGAUAAGUGAUAAGCAAGUGUAACAGAUAAACUAAGGGCAAGUGUAUAGAAAUAAUUCAAAUGUAACAUGUACAUGUGAAAACAGUUCAGAAAUGAAAGCUGAAGGGAACCAUGCAUGUGGAAAGAGAAGCCUUUUUUGUACCUUUUAAAGUUGUUUUUACUUUGCUGCCAUUAUGAUUAAAUCAUUCCACUUGAAAAGGUUUUGAAAAAGUU